AUGAACCAAGAAAAAUGUCAACAAAAAGUUCAAAUAACAAAACAUUUGAAAAAGGCAUUGUUUGUAAAAUCUAAAGAAAAAGGUUUGGGCAAAUGUCCGUUAUGUACUGAGCAUCAUAAAUUAUAUGCUUGCAGUAAAUUCAACAACAUGAGUACAAAUGAUAGAAGGAACUUUGUGAUGAAAUCAAGGCUUUGUUUCAACUGUCUUAACUUUGGCCAUCAAGUUUCUUCUUGUUAUUUUCCUACAUGUCCUCGUUGUGGGGAAAGGCAUAAUUCAAAGCUUCAUGAGGAACAAGCAAACACCAGUAAUCAAGAUGCUUCUAUCGCCAAUGAUGUUGAAAGACCUGAACCCCAUGCAACAGCUAUGUACACUGAAAUAUCAGCUCAGGAAGCUGAAAAUCUAAAUGUUAUUUUAGCCACUGCCAUUGUCAAUGUAUGCGACACUUUUGGGCGCAUGCAUUCAUGCCGAGCUGUCCUGGACUCUGGUUCUCAAUUAAAUUUCAUUACAAAUUCUUGUGCUAAAAGACUUAACUUGUCUACUGCUUUGCAUACACUUAACAUUGUUGGAGUCUCUGCUAUGGCAUCAACAGCCAAACAACUCCAAGAUACGAUUAUGACCUCACGUUUUGGUGAUUUCAAGACAACUAUCAAGUUCUACUCUCUGCAGACUAUAGUCAGCGCCUUGCCUUCUCAGGUGCUCAUUCGGGACAACUUGAAAAUGCCUCAUAACAUACACAACCAGUUGGCAGAUCCAAACUUCCAUAGUCCUGGUCCUAUAGAUGUGUUAUUAGGUGCUGAUAUAUUCUUUGAUGUACUUUAUGGUGAAAAGUUUCCAUUAUCAAAUUUAGCUUGCUUGCAUCGUACCAAGUCGGGAUGGAUAGUAACAGGCAAAAUCUCAACUUUGUCAACUUCUCAUACAUUACCAAACCUCUUUAUCCAUAAUCAAUCUGCAUUAUCGUUCUUCACGUCAAAGACAAAUCAACGUAUUCUUGAAGAGUUCAAAGCCGAAGAGCAUUUUCAAUCAACUUUUCGUCGGCAUUGCAGUGGGAGAUUCAUAGUGAAGCUACCAAUGGCACAAGAUCCCAAGGUGCUUGGUGAUUCAUUAGACAUGGCUCAAAAAAGAUUUUUAAAUCUAGAGAGACGACUUCAAAAAGAUAAAAUACUCACUGAACAAUACGAUAAGUUCAUUGCUGAAUAUAUUGCCAUGGGUCAUAUGGAAUUAGCAUCACCGGCCAUUCAUAAGCCUACGUAUUACCUGCCACAUCAUCCAGUGUUUAAGACGGACAGCACCACUACAAAGAUGCUCGUUGUAUUUGAUGGCUCUGCGGCAUCCAAGUCAGGACUGUCACUGAAUGACAUUAUGCUCAGGGGCCCGAAAAUGCAACCAGAUAUAUUUAACAUAUUGUUGCGUUUUCGAUUACAUCGCAUUGCUCUAACUGCUGAUGUGGAAAAAAUGUACCGACAGGUGCUAGUGUCCGAUGAAGACUGUGAUUUGCAGCGCAUUGUAUAUCGUUCGCAACCUGAAGAACCACUAAGGCAUUAUAAACUCAAGACAGUCACAUAUGGAACAAAAUCAGCGUCUUUCCUGGCUACACGCUGUCUCCAUGAGCUUGGUGCGCUCAUUGAAAACACACCCAUAGGCAGAAUCAUAUGUCAAGAUUUCUAUGUAGAUGACCUGAUAAGUGGGGGUGACACUGAUGAAGAAUGUUUUGACAUCCAUAAACAAGUUCACUCAAUCCUCGGUACUGCUGGAUUUCCGUUGCGUAAAUGGUGUUCAAGUUCGUCAACCCUCCUUAACAGCCUUCCACAUAAUCAGAAGGAUCCAAACUUUAUGAUAAAUCUUACUGAAACUGAGGUGUUGAGCGCGUUGGGACUUCUUUGGCAACCAUCUAUAGAUAGCUUUCGGUUUGCAAUGAAAAACUGGAAAACAAAAUUGGCAUGUUUUACAGAAAAAAAAU